GGUCCGCUUAUUGGACCGUACCCAAUAAUUAUUAGGACUGACGACGCGACAAUUGAAUUGAAAUUCAAAAGACGGAAGCAAAAAGGAAUACUCAGAUCGAUAUAUCAAGUUUGAUUUCAGAUCUUGCAAUAAGUGUCGUCUUUAAAACUUUCUUGUAAUUUUUUAAUAGUUGGCAGUUUUAUACAAUUAUGCAAAUCCUAAAAACAAUGAAAGUUUGUGUCUAGUGUAACAUGUAACUACUGCUUCUGACAUAACUAGAGGGUAUUCUUUGAGAAAAUUGUGACCCUAUAUACAUAUAAACUGGAAAACUUGCUGCAAUGAAUAUAUUACCGAAAAAGAGGUGGCAUGUCAGAACAAAAGAAAACAUUGCUCGUGUUAGGAGGGAUGAAGCUAAAGCCGCAGAAGAAGAGAAGGAACGAGAGCAAAGAGCCAAUCUUGCUGAGCAAGAAGCUCGAACUGAGGCACUAAGGAUCAAAGCAAGAUCAGUUUAUGACGGAAGACAAGACAACAGAGAAGAUGAGACGAUCACUUCAACCUGUAGCAAGGCUGAACAUGUCAACUUCUUCAAGGAACUGGAGGAAGGUCUAGUGGCUUUCACAGGCACCAACAAAGAUUAUGAACGUGAGAAGAAAGAGGAGAAAGAAAAAUAUGAAAAACAAAUUGGCUAUCUUACGUACUUGGGACAAGACACGGUCGAGGCGACCGGAAAGAUCUCGUGGUAUAACAAAAUGCCUAGUAGGCUUCUUCCUGAUGAGGGAAGGAAGGAAGAAGUUAAGGAAAAAGAAGUUAAUGUAAAAUCUAAACAAUUAGUUGAUCCUCUGAACAGCAUAAGAAGGUAUUUAGGUAUGAGCUCAAUCAACAAAAGUAGUGAAAUGAAAAAACCUUUGUCAGCACAAAGUACAAGUGAAACAAAUGAAUUCAAAAAGAAGUAUAAAAGAAAACGGGAAGAAAGCAGCGACAGUGAAAGCGGUAAAAGAGACAAACACAAAAGAAGAAAAUCAAAGAAGCACAAGCAUUCUCGUUUGAAAGAAAAGUCAUUUCAGAAAAAGAAACAAAAAGGAUCAACAAGUGAGAGCAGCACAAGCGAUACACCUGAAGUUAAAGCUGAUUUGGAUGAGCUGAGAGCAAAAAGACUUCAGAGAGAGAGAGCAGAAAAGCUUCGUGCCAAACAGGUCUUGGCAAAAUUAAGAGGGGAGACUUUACCAGAAGAAAAACCAGUCGUACCAAUGGUCCAGCAGAAAUAUAGUUCUCAAUUUAAUCCACAUCUUGCCAAACAGAACUUUGAAACUGAAAGAAGAUAUACAAAACAUUAUUAAUAAAUCAAUAUUUUACAUAUUGUACAUACUUUAUAGAUAUAAUAUAUACUGAUGUUUUAUUUGUAA